GUUUCUCCGUUUGAGUCCACGGUAAGCAGACUACUGACCGAAGAGGGUUCGCAACUAGUAGGGAAGACAAACAUGGAUGAAUUUGGCAUGGGAAAUUCUUCUCUGAAUUCUCACUUUGGGCCCACGCUAAAUCCUUUGUACGAGCAAAAGUCGGACAUAGUAGAUCUUAGAGAAAGAGAGUUUUGGAUAAGAGGUGAAAAAAUAACCCAGGAUAUCACCUUCGAAAAGCAAGACACCGGCAGUUAUAUGCAUCGAAAAUACCUAGUUCCCGAAGUCAAAUCUGAUUACGAAAUUGACCCUGAAAUGAGGAUUGUUGGUGGAUCCUCAGGAGGAUCUGCUGCCGCAGUUGCAGCUGAUUUAGUAGACUACGCUAUAGGAACAGAUACCGGAGGGUCAGUCAGAUUACCAUCGUGCUAUACGUCCAUUUUUGGUUUCAAGCCAUCCUACGGAAGAAUCUCAAGAUGGGGAUUAAUACCAUACGCUCAAUCGCUGGAUACAGUUGGCAUCAUGUCCAAAAAUAUAAAGCUAAUCAGGAAAGUAUUUUCUAUACUCGACAAACACGACAGUUCAGAUCCAACGUCAAUCUCCGAAGAGAACAGAAUAUAUGACGACAAAUUGGACUCGGUAAUAAAAAUUGGUAUUCCUGCAGAGAUGAGCUUGGACGGCCUGGACAUUGAAGUGAAAGAAAAAUGGAGAAACUUGCUUAAACGACUGCUAGAGAUUCCCAACUUCAACCUCUUUCUGAUCUCCUUGCCCUCACUAUCGAAGAGCCUCCCUGCAUAUUAUACACUGGUGACUUCUGAGGCAUCUUCUAAUUUAGCCCGAUACGAUGGAAUCAGAUACGGAUAUCGUACUGGCGAGUAUAGAAGCCUCGAGCCAGAGUUUGCCAAAACACGAUCCGAGGGAUUCGGUGCCGAAGUCAAACGUCGGAUAAUUUUGGGUUCUUAUUCGUUAUCCUCUUAUGGUUACAAUAGUCAUUUCAUGAAUGCUACCAAUGUAAGGUCGAAGCUGAUUCAAGAAUUCAAUAGCAUUUUAAAAGGGCCACACAUGCUAAACAAACACUGCAAUCCUAAUGGUCUCGACUUCAUCUUGUGCCCAACCGCUACCUCCUUGCCACCUCUUGUGUCGCAAUACCAAAAAAUCACUCCUGUGGAAUCAUAUAUGAACGAUAUGCUGACUGUUCCAUUUUCUCUUGCCGGACUUCCUGCAAUUAACAUCCCACUUGGAAGAUCGAUAGGUUUCCAACUUGCUGGACAAUUAGGCCACGACUAUAAAGUUUUGAAGCUGGCGCAAAUGAUGGAUGAACUGCACAUAAGAUGAAUAAGUCUUUAUUAAUUUCUAUAAUACAAUCACACUGGCAGAACUCGAACACCUGCCAAUCUAUCCAGAACAGGUCCAAUAAUCGGGCUCGAGAGAAUUGGGCCAAUGUAAGGAAGGGAUCUAAGGAACUGCACCACUGUAGCAAAGAACUCUCCAAAUAAUCCCAUUAUGCCGAAACUUUCCACUAAAAAUCCCCAAAACGAAUAUUUCAUCAAUAUGAGAAGAACCCCAAACAGGAAGCAAAUGGACCCUCUGAUCUUUUGUGGUCUGGUGAAAAAGUACACGGUUUUCUGCGGACCAAUAAUGAGCACCAAUCCAAUGAUGAAUAAUAGGUUACUCAUCGCAAGCAGAGCCGAAUCAAAGAAUGUGACAACGCCCAAGAAAAAAAGCAGGACUCCACCUGCAGUGAAGCCAACGCCGAAUU